GGCCCGGCAACGGACCUAGACGAAAAGCCUCAACCUCCUCCCCAGGUCCCCUCGGGGACCCCCGCAGGGCACGAUGCGAAUCGUGACCUGCCGGAUGAAAGUCCACCGGCGCAAGCCGGAACCCAACCACCCAGCGCUAGAUCGACCAAGAAGAAGCCAGCAAGAUCGAAGUCGUCGCGGAAGAAGAUGAAGGCUCCAGACUCCGAUGCUGACGAUCGAGCCGAUCUCACACUGACCGUGGCUGAGGACCAACUGGUUGUAACGUACUACAAGAAGGAGCUGCACGCUUUCCUGCUUCAGGACGAUGUGAUGAAGCUCCUCCGGCCAAAGCUCCUCGGCGAUCUUGCGGGACCGGUGUCACAGCCGACCCCUGGAUCGGACAAGUUGGAUGCCGUUCAGACCCUGCUACGGCUCUUCAAGGAAGUUGGUAUCAUCGCAGGAGUGCUGGAUGCGGAAAGCCUGUUCGAUCUGAAGCUCAGCACGAUCCAGAACUCGGCGCAGAGGCUGUUCCUGCUAUUGAAGCCGUUGGUCGGUGAGUCGAGUCGAUCCUUGAAAGAAACAUCAAGAUCGCCCCAGACGCUAUCGAGAUCGGCACCCCCAGAUCGACGCCUGCGCCCAACCCGGGUGGCCAAACUAGGCUUUGCCGAUCCGCGGAUCGAUCAUGUUUCAGCAGCGUCGACGGCGAUCCGAUCUCUGUCGACGCUUCAUUCCCUUGUCCAAACUCGGCUUGCGCAUCCUCUUGGAGGGACGCACGGUGAAAUCCCGAGUCACUCAAAGAUCCGGGCACGACACGGCGCCCGAACUACCGUCUAA